AUGGAACAAAAGGUUAAAUUUCUCUUUUACAUGAAAAUUUAUACAUUUAUCCUUUUAUCAUGGAUAUGCCAUUUUAACAAUGAUAUGAGUACAUUUAACAAAUCCUCGGAAGAAAACUACAUCCAUUGUAAGAAAUUAGAUACAAUAUCGUAUAGAUUACUAGCAAAAUAUAAACAGGAUAAUGUUUCAUAUGUAUCAGAUUUAAAACAAAAAACACCAUAUAACAGAGUUAACGAGGAAUGUGAUAUAACUAAUAAUGAAAAGGGAAACACAGGAAAAAACAAACAAUCAAAUGAAUGUUCUUCAAAGAAUCCGAGAGGACAAAAACAAGAUAAGAAGAAUAAAAAUUGUACAUAUACAACAAAAAAAUAUUCCAAUAAUGAAAAAAAAAUAUUCAAGGAACUAGAUUACAUAAAUUUUCUUAAAAAUAACAGGACAAUUAGUAAUAAGCUUUACAAAAAAGUAAUAUGUAAAAAAUACGGAUUACGAAUUGCUACACCAUUAUUAUUAUUCUUUUUGUUCUUAAUAUUAUUCAUAGUAGAUUAUUCACUAGGUAUUUCAAUUAAAAAGAGUUUACUUAUAUCACUAGUUAAUUCGGCCCCUACUGACGUUUUUAAGUCGGAUUGGUUUACAAAAAUUUUUGAGAUGGUAAAGGACAAAGAAUGGUUUUGGAAAAUUCCAUUUUCGGAGGCCGGAGAUAUAUUAGAUGAAACUAUGAAGCAAAAGAGUUUAUUAUGGCGUUUAUUUGGUAUUCCUAUAUAUUGCCUACCUUUUCUCAUAUUAGGUGUUAUAGUUAUUUUUGUCUUUUUUUAUUACCAUAAAAUAGUUAAAAAAUACAAAAAAAUUAAUUAUAGGAAAAGAUAA